AUGAAGCCAAUGAGCCCAAAAAAACAUAUCUUCUAUAAUUUUUUUCCUAUUCCAGCAAAAGACCAACUCCAAGUCAGUACCCAUCAUGAACUUGAACCAAGUGAAAACUUAGCGAAUUUCUUUGUGUCAGAAGGACCUAAUAACGGUGUCUCAUUGGAGUUGAAGCUUGGCUUAUUUGAUCCUUGGCUUAUCAAGAAGUGGCUCACGUUUAGUGAUGUUAACGGCGAAAAGUCCAGGCUCUUACUACCAAAAGGCUUGGUCGAGAAGCAUAUUUUGUCCCUGAUGGACGCAAGACUCAUUGAAAACAUUAAGAAUAAUGGGGUUCGAGUUGCUGUUUUGGAUUGGGACACCAAUUCCGAACAACAAUUGCUGUUCAAACAGUGGCGUAAUGGGAGCUAUGUCCUCAUUGGAAAGUGGAUUACGGGAUUUGUGAGGGAAAGGAACCUGAAAGAAGGUGAUGAGAUUGGACUUUACUGGGAUCAAAGCAGUUCAAGAUUCAGUUUUAGGCUUCUCAAGCAGGCUUCGAGCAAUUAG